AAAACAAUUAAACGUAAAAAAACCCACAGAAGAGGAAACGACAACCUGCGACCACUUGACGACGACGUGCACAAAGUGUGAGCAGCGAUGCGGGAAGGGCGGUCACGAUGGCCCCAAGAGAGCAGCUAUGGGGCCAGCAGAGGUGGCAGAUGGAAGGAGAGAGAAAGGUCAAGGGCGAGACAGUCUUCGCGCUCUGCCUCGCCAGACUUAGAAUUGGCCCAGUUCCUGGCCGAUCAGCAAGCCGCACGCCCCCGCUCACCGAAGAGCGAGGCCGCUCGGCUCGAGCGACUGGCCGCAGGUGGUGCCAUGCGGAUAAAGAGUAGACACCAGAAGGAAAAGGAGGAGCAGGAAAGAAAAAAGAGAGAGGCCGAUGAGGAGGCAGCGAGGGCCUACCAGGACUUUGUGCAAGACAUGGAGGGCAGGCCCUCGUCUGAGCGGGCCAGGGGCGUUUUUGUACGAGCGGGAGGCUCCUCGACGUAUGAACCGUCAUCACGAGAGCUGCUUCAGACAUCGUUCGCGGCACCGUCUUCAUCUUCGUCGACGAUGGAAGAGGGGCGCGAAGAGGCGCAGGCGGCCACUGCUGUCGCAAGGCUACGCCGUGAUCCCCUUGGCAAGAAGCGAGGGGCCAUGGGUGACUUCUUGGGAGAGCUGCAGCGGUGAGAGGGCAAAUUCUUUUACUAGCAUUCGUCGCUCCUGACACAUUCGAUCUUAUUCCUUGGGCCAUCGCAGAGAGCAGGCAAAGCGUGAGCAGCAACAGCUGCUUCGACAAGAACAGCAGCACAGGGCACCCUAUGCGUCCCAUUCCGAGGGCUCAAAGUACGGCUCCCAGAAAGACACCGACGACCCUCAUUCGACCAACGUCUGCGUCAUCAACCUGCCUGCCAACAUCAACGAGAUUGGCCUGGGCCAGUACUUUGCCAGAUGGGGCGAUGUGGCGACCGUCAAGAUCAUGUGGCCCAGAGGCGAGGAAUUUCUGCCAGGCACUGCAACUGGCGCGCGCAGCACGUUG